GAGAAAAACCUCUCUUCCCGCCGCCCUGCGCGUUUCUGCAGCCUUGCUCCGAGGCCGAGAACAAUCGUGUGGAUCAGGGACACGCCUGUCCCUUCCUUUCCAGAGACUUCAGUAACCCUGAGGCACCAGAGCACACGGUCUGACCUGUUGCUGUAGUUCUUGUCCAGACUCGACUCAACGCUGUCUCAACAGGAGCCUCCUCCAGGAAGGAGCCCCUGUUGGAAGAGAUGGUGAUGGGCCAGGGUCCCCUGUUGUUGAUCUUCAUGCUGGGUCUGGGUCUGACCCCGCCAACCCUGGCUCAGGAUGACUCCAGGUACAAACACUUCCUGACCCAGCACUAUGACGCCAAACCAAAGGGCCGGAAUGACAGAUACUGUGAAAGCAUGAUGGAGAGACGAGGCCUGACCACACCCUGCAAAGACACCAACACCUUUAUUCAUGGCAACAAGGGCAGCAUCAAGGCCAUCUGUGGAAAUAAGAAUGGAAACCCUUACAGAGAAGCUUUAAGACUAAGCAAGUCUCCUUUCCAGAUCACCACCUGCAGGCACGUAGGAGGGUCUCCCCGGCCUCCCUGCCGGUACAGAGCUACACCAGGCUUCAGACACAUUGCUGUUGCCUGUGAAAAUGGCCUGCCUGUCCACUUUGAUGAGUCCUUUUUCCGUCCAUAACCAGCAGGCCACAGCUGGCUCUGCUCCCCUUUCCUUGCAUUUCCCUCCACACCCCAGAACAGUGGUGGCAACAUUCAUUGCCGGGGGCCCGGAGAAUGACCUGCCUGGAUCUCUUGCUUUCCUUUUUACAACAUGCUUAAGAAAUAAAAAUGACUCUGAAAUCA